CAAAUUACAAAUUAACCUUUUCGCGUUGCGUGAAUAAGCUUACAGAGGCUCUGGACUCUGGUGUUCUCUACAAGUCUCCAAAGCUCUGACCACACUAAACAAAAACCGGAAAAUUCAAAUCAAACGCAAAUCAAUAUUGGAAAAAUAGGAACCCUGUUUUCUUCAAUUUUCAGGCAUGGAUGCUGAUGCAGCUCUGGAGCUCGUGAAACACGGCACUACUCUUCUUCUCCUGGAUGUUCCUCAAUACACCCUCAUCGGCGUCGAUACUCAGAUGUUUUCUGUAGGGCCUUCUUUUAAGGGUAUUAAGAUGAUUCCUCCCGGUCCUCAUUUUGUGUAUUAUAGUUCAUCAAGCAGAGAUGGCAAGGAGUUCUCACCAAUAAUUGGCUUCUUUGUUGACACUUGCCCCUCUGAGGUAAUUGUUCGUAGGUGGGAUCAACAAGAGGAGCGAUUAGUCAAAGUAUCAGAAGAAGAGGAAGAGAGAUAUUGUCAAGCAGUCAAAAGUUUAGAGUUUGACAGACAACUUGGUCCUUACAAUCUGAGCCAAAAUGGAGACUGGAAGCAGUUGUCAAAUUACAUCUCAAAGAGCAUUAUUGUACGAUUUGAACCCAUUGGAGGAGAAAUUUCUGUUGCAUGUGAACCUGGGAUGGUUAACAACAUUCCUAAAAUGGUGAUGGAGAAAACACUAGAUGAUCAGUUGGAGAUUAGUAAGUUCUCAACAUCUGUUAACAAGAAUGUCAACAGCAGAAGAUGUUAUUACACAUCUAUUCCCCGUUUUAUCAAACAGAAAGGACUUCAAGGGCAAGAGCUUACUUCCUUAAAUCUUGACAAGACACAACUCUUGGAAACCUUACUAAUAAAAGAUUAUGGAGGUUCUGAAGACGUACUUCUUGGAGAGCUGCAAUUUGCAUUUAUUGCAUUUUUGAUGGGACAAUCACUUGAAGCAUUCCUACAGUGGAAAUCUUUGGUUAGCCUUUUAUUUGGAUGUACCAAAGCUCCCUUUCACACAAGGACUCGCUUAUUCACAAAGUUCAUUAGGGUCAUCUACUAUCAACUGAAAUAUGGCCUUCAGAAAGAUAGCAGAGAUACCAGUGGUGCAGUGUCAGGGGCAUCAGCACUGUUGGAUGAUUCAUGGCUUUCUGCUGACAGUUUUUUGUACCGCCUUUGCAAGGACUUCUUUUCAUUGAUGCACGAUGCCUCAUCUGUUGAUGGACAUCUUCUGUCAUGGACGAGGAAACUACAGGAGCUGCUUGAGAACAAUCUCGGGUGGGAGUUCAAGCCAAACAGUGUGGUUGAUGGAAUGCAUUUCGAAGAAGAUGAUGAGUUUGCUCCUGUGGUUGAGAUGUGCGAUGACCCUAGUUAUAACUAGAUUGAGACAAGGAUCAUGUUAAUACAGAGUCGUGGCCAUCUCGGUCAAUUUGAUAUCGUUUUGCUUCCUUGCCAAGUUGAUCACUGCGCAGAAGAAGGCAAACUUUUGCAUGUAAAUUAAUUAUAGAGUAGACACAGAUGGAAAACAUUUUUUCCUGGGAUUGUGUUGCGAAUAUUUUGCAACAAAUUUCAGGAUUUAUUAUGGUUUGGUAUCGAAUUUCAGAACCAUUUACUGGGUGA